UAGCUGCUUGCUUCUACAUAAAAGUUGUUUCAGUAACGUUCAAGUAACAGCUUUGCGUUGAAAUUAAUUUUGUGUAAAGAAAACACGCAAAACGUGCAGUGUCUAUUUUUUAUUGCAUGAAUGGUAUCACUCAAAAAUGUAGCCGAUUUUUUUUUCUCUUAAAAUCAGAAUUUUAUUUCUGUUUCUACAAACUUAAUAGAUCAGUUUUUUUAGUUCAGUACCUUCCAGAUUGCUGUAUUCACAUGGAUGGCAAUAAUAAAGGACAGCGUUCAAAUACAAUAAUCAGUGCUAAGAGACCAGCUGGUUCUGAACAGCCAAAAGUUGGGUUCACUCACCCUUUGACUUCCACAGUAGAUCUGGAAGGUUGUGUCGAUCAUUUGACCAAUUGUAAUCGAACACUCAAGUCAUCUGUUGAAUCUCUUCGGUCAGUUACAGAAGAGUUUACUCGACAAGCGAAAUUCAUGAAUGUCGACCGAUCCUACGAAUUAGUAACGGAAAAUGAUAUCAAAACGGCACAGAGGGAGGUUGUAAGAGAUAUCGGUCCUGAGAUAGAAGGAUUAUUGCAAGAAGUCGAUGUUUUACUCCAUAACUUAUCAGUGCAAGAACAAGAAAUUAAAAGAAAAGUUGAAGAUCAGCAGAGACUUUUGAAGUUAUAUAAACAAGGGAACCAUGUCCUAAACCAAGCGGGAGCAGCAGAACAAUCAGCAGCCUCACGGCAGCAGCAAGACAUAACGGCAGUAGCGGAAGCAAGAUUAACAAAAAUAAAUCAGAAACUAAAAGACCUUCAAGGCACGUACAGGACGGAAGAGCGACGAUAUAACGAACAGUUGAAGAGAAUCAUCAAUUGGAGACAGAAUUAGAGCAGAGGAGUCUCAAUAAAGAAAAGAACGUAAAACAGAAAAAGAAAGAAUUAGAAGAGAAGUUGGAGAAGCUGGAUAAAGAGAUAGCACAAAAAGAAG